ACCGUUUGUUCACGGCAGUGUAUUUGGUUUCCUCCGGUAACACCCAGAGAAAGAACGAGUGUAGAACGAUCUAAAACUGAAUCAGAUUUCUUCGACCCCCUAAACCCUAACUGUUUACAUCGAUCACGCUUUCGAAAAUGAAUCGAUUACUUGCCAUGUCGAUUUUGAGGAGGUGUAUGAUCAACAACGGCCGGAAUUUACAUGGAGAAAACAUGUUUCAGUCGCCGGAAUUGACCGCAGCGGUGGUACUGAAUUUGAGGCCGUUUCAUCAGGGGGUAAUUGGUAGAGAUGAGGAUUUCGGAAACUUUAAGUGGAGGAGGAUGAUGAGCUCCACUGCGGAACCUGCGGCGAAGCCGCCAUCGUUGAAGCAGGGUGAUGCGGGGACUGAGAAGAAGGAAGGCGGAGAUGAGGUUAUGCCUGCGAGCUAUUGGGGAAUUUCGAGAUCUAAAAUCACCAGGGAUGAUGGUUCUGAGUGGCCGUGGAACUGUUUCAUGCCAUGGGAUACUUACGAAUCAAACUUGUCGAUAGAUCUCAGCAAGCACCAUGUACCGAAGAAUUUCCUUGAUAAAUUCGCUUUAAGAACCGUGAAACUCCUGAGAAUUCCAACCGAUGUCUUUUUCCAGAGGCGAUAUGGUUGUCGUGCAAUGAUGCUUGAAACUGUAGCAGCAGUCCCAGGAAUGGUGGGCGGAAUGCUGCUCCACCUGAGAUCUCUACGGAAAUUCCAACAAAGUGGUGGUUGGAUCAAAGCGUUGCUUGAAGAAGCUGAGAACGAGAGGAUGCACCUCAUGACAAUGGUGGAGCUCGUGAAACCAAAAUGGUAUGAACGACUUCUGGUUCUAGCAGUUCAGGGGGUGUUCUUCAAUGCGUUUUUUGUUGCAUACAUAUCAUCCCCAAAACUGGCACAUAGAAUUGUUGGGUAUCUUGAAGAAGAAGCUGUGCAUUCAUAUACUGAGUUUUUAAGGGAUAUUGAAAGUGGUGCAAUUGAGAAUGUUCCAGCUCCAGCUAUUGCUAUAGAUUACUGGAGGCUUCCUAAAGAUGCAACCUUGAAAGAUGUGAUAACUGUCAUUCGAGCUGAUGAAGCUCAUCAUCGAGAUGUCAACCACUUUGCUUCUGACAUCCAUUUCCAAGGUAAGGAAUUGAGGGAGGCUCCAGCGCCUGUGGGUUACCAUUAAGGUAUAGAAUUAAUAUUUGUGUUAAUGUCUGUUUUUAAUCGAGAAAAGAAGCAAUCCUAUUCCUAUACAAUUUGGACUUGUAUUCAAGUAUGGAUAUUACCACUGAAGCCAGUGUUUUUAAAGAAAUCAUAUUUUUGUGUUA